GGUCACAGGAUAUACCCGGUGAUUUCUAUCAUUAUUUUUCAUAACAAAUUUUUAAGUAUCAGUAUUAAUUUAAUGUUGAAUAUUUUAAAAACAUGACGGAAGAGUCGGCGGUAAAAGUUUGUGUUCGUGUCCGUCCACUAAUUGAAAGAGAAGAAAAUGCUGCAUCAGAGGAUGCAGAGCCCCUGCAGUUUUUUUGGAAAGCAGAUAAAAAAUCAAUUCAGCAGAUCGAUGAUGGGAAUUCUGCAAAGAGCUUCAGCUUUGACAGAGUUUUCACUGCUGAUGAAACAACCAAUCAGCUGUACCAGAACAUUGCAAAGCCUCUGGUUGUUUCCACCGUUAAUGGGUACAAUGGAACCAUAUUUGCUUACGGGCAGACGUCUUCAGGGAAAACUUUCACCAUGAUGGGGAGUAAUGGCACUCCUGGUGUGAUACCUCUGGCUGUGGAAGAUGUCUUUCAAACCAUUAAAAAUUGUCCAAAGAAGGAGUUCCUUCUGCGAGUAUCCUACAUGGAGAUCUACAACGAGACAGUGACAGAUCUGCUGGUGGACAGCUGGAAGAGGAAACCUCUUGAAGUCCGAGAGACAAUCAAUAAAAAUAUUUAUGUGGCCGAUCUGACUGAAGAACUGGUGACGUCUCCUGCACAAGCUCUGGCCUGGAUCAGGAAAGGGGAAAAGAACCGUCACUAUGGAAAGACAAAGAUGAACCAACGCAGCAGCCGCUCCCACACUAUUUUUAGAAUGAUCCUGGAGAGCAGAGAAAGGAGCGACCCUGUAUCAGGAGAAAACGCUGAUGGAGCCAUCAUUGUGUCUCACUUGAAUUUAGUGGAUCUGGCUGGAUCAGAGAGAGCUAGUCAAACAGGAGCUGAAGGUGCUCGCUUUAAAGAAGGCUGUAACAUCAACCGCAGUCUGUUCACACUCGGACAGGUGAUCAAGAAACUGACCGAUGAGAGCCAGAAGGGUUUCACAAAUUACAGGGACAGUAAGCUGACCCGCAUCCUGCAGAACUCUCUGGGUGGAAACGCCAAAACUGUCAUCAUCUGCACCAUCACCCCCGUAGCUCUGGAUGAAACCCUCAGCACUCUGCAGUUUGCCAGCACUGCAAAGAAGAUGAAGAACGACCCUCAUGUGACGGAGGUUUCUGAUGACGGAGCUCUGCUCAAAAGGUACCGCAACGAAAUCGUUGAUCUGAAGCGCAGACUCCAAGAGGUUUCCUCAGUCACACAGACCACAGCGACGGAGAAAGAGGUUCUGUCCCAGCUGCUCCAAGAGAAGGAUCAGCUCCAGAGAGAGCAAGAGGACCGCAUCAGGAACCUGACCCAGCUCCUCGUCACCAGCUCCAAUCAGAUCACUGCUCCCAAAAUGCCUAAACGCAGAGUCACAUGGGGAGGAAAGAUGCUCCGACUCGCUCAUCGCUCUGCGUUUGAAGGAGGAAUGUCUGAUUUGAGCUUUGCAGAUCCUUUUUCCAGGAAGAGGAAAGCAGACCGCUCCUGUCUGAGUGAGCUGGCUGGAGAUGAUGAGGACUUUCACUGGGAGGUUCCUGAUGAGCUUCCAGAAGACAUGGAGAUCAAUCAGAGCUCUGUGACUGUUAGAAGCUUUGGAGAUAGUCCCAAAGACUUUGUAUCUCCCGACCGGAUGCAUGAGCUUUCAGGGAAGGUGUCAAACCUGGAGCUGCAGCUGGAGCUGGAGGUUCAGCAGAAAGAGGAGGCCGUGACAAAGGCAGAGACGUUAGAAGGAAGAGUGUCAGAGCUGGAGCAGCAGCUACAGACGGAGAGCCAGCAGAAACGGGCCGCUCUGGAGGCGAUGGAGAUGCUGGAGGUGAGAGUGUCUGACCUGGAGAGGCAGCUGGAGGAGCAGAGCCACGGUCCGAGCAAUUCUGAUGAACAGAUGAGACAAGAGUUUGAGAGGGAGACCAUCCAGCUGUGUGAACAACUGGCUUCAGAGAAGGACAUGAUCGCUACAGAGCGGGACUACCUGAGGCAGGAGCUGGGGAUGUUCAUGGAGCAGAUCGAGAGUCUGGAGAAAGAGAAAGCCACAAUUUCAAAGGAGUUAGAUGAGAGGAGAGAGACAGACGAGUUCAAAAGUCUGGAGGAGGAGUUCAGGAAGGAGCAUGAGAAUGAGCUGCAAAAUGAAAUCUCCAGCUUAAAGUCGGCGGUUGAAGCCGCUGAACUUCAGCGUCUGGAGCUUCAGAAAAAACUAGAAGCUUUGUCUGAGGAGCUGAAGAAGAAAAGUGACUUUGCAGAGGAACUCCAGAACAUGAGCGGUAAGGAUUUGGUGCAGGAGGUGGCGAAGCUUCGUCGCUCCCUAGACGACGCUGAAGGGGUCAGCAGAGACACCAAGAAGGACUGGGCUCACCUGCGCAGCCAGAACAUCGCUCUGGAGGAGGCCAACGUUUCUCUGGCCAAAAACCAUGAGAAGAUGGAGGCUGAGGUGAAAAGUCUGCGCUCCCAGCUCGAGGCAGAGAAAUCCCAUUUCAGACAGAUGCAGAGCGAUCUGCAGAGAGAGCUGAACGUUGUCUUUGAUGAGAACACAAAGCUCACCACACUGCUGGACGGCAAAGUCCCAAAGAAUUUGAUUGACAGCGUGGAGCUGGAGAGAACCGUAGCCAACCUGAACAAAGAGUUGACAGCGUCUCGUGAGGUGGAGGUAACCCUCACAGCCCAGCUGGAGGAGCUAGCUCAUUUACGGACUCUUCCAGACAAAGUGGACCAUCUCAUGCAGCAGGUGUGUGAGCUGACAGAAGAGCUGUGUGCCACUCAGACUCAAAGAGACGGACUGAUGUCGGCUCAGACUCAGAGUCAAGACGAGGCUCGGCAGCUCAGUGACGCCCUGCAGACGAGCCAGGAGGAGAUCACGAACGUCCGGGCAGAGCUGAGUGCUGCAGUGCUGAAAGAGGAGCAGCUGUUGGAGCAGAUGGAGCUGCUGCGUCAAGUCCUGGAGAACUCUGAGGCUGAGAAAAGUCAGCUCAACUCUGCUGUCGAAGAGAAACACUCAAAGCUGACAGAGAGUGAAGAGCAGAGAGAAUCGCUGACACAGAAACUGAGCGAGAUGCAGCAGCUGGUAAAAGAUCUGGAGGAGAAACUCGCUGACAGUGAAGUUUCCAGAGCCACAGAGGAGGAGAUCAGCAAAGAACUCCAAGAACAACUGAACCAGCUGACUGAGGAGCUCCAGGUCGUCCAAGCAGAGAAAGACGCUCUCCUGAAUGAUGGAGCUCAGAGUUCAGCAGAGGAGACGGAGAAGCUGCUCCGUACUGUGACGGCAGAGAGAGAAGAGCUUAGGACUGAACUGCAGAAACACGAGGAGAUGGCUGCAGAGGCACAAACUCUUCUUCAGUCUCUUCAGACCGAGCUGCAGGAGCGUCAGGAGCAGAAGUCCGAUUUAGAGAAGCUCUAUGAGCAGAAAGAGUCUGAAUUAGGAGGACGUAUUGAGAGUCUGUCAGCGGAGCUUCAGGGUGUUCAAGUGGAGAGAGAGACUCUGCUGACCGGAGCUCAGACGUCUGCUGAGGAGAGGGAGAAGCUGCUGUUGGCCUUGUCCUCGCUCACCGAGGAGAGAGAUCAGCUCAAGAUGGAUAUGCAGGAAAAUGUGGAGAUGAUGAUUGAGAAUCAGGAAGAGCUGAGGACGGCCUUGGAGAGAAAUAAUCAACAGAAGGAAUUGAUCAAACAGCUGGAGGCUGCAAAAACAUCCAAACAUGAGGAUCCUCCUCCCUCUGACACCAGCGCACAGCUGGAGGAGCUGCAAACACAAAAGGAACAACUUCAGGCAGAACUUCAGACCCUCAGAGAUCAAAAGAGCCGACUGGAAGAAGAUCUGCAGAGAAAUGUGGAGACGGCUGCAGAGACUCAAAGUCUUUUAGAUUCACUUCAACUGCAGCUUCAGGAGCAGAAUCAAAGAAACAGCGACUUGGAGACACUGAGUCAAGAGAGACAGACUGAGCUAGAACAACAGCUUGCAGAGACCGAGCGUCGUCUGCUUUCUCUUGAAGAGGAGCUCCAGCAGGAGAAACAAAAUAACUCCAAUCAGAUGAACCUCUGUGAGCACAAGGAGUCAGACAUAGACCAAAAAGCUGCAGAGACUCAAAGUCUAUUAGAUUCACUUCAACUGCAGCUUCAGGAGCAGAACCAAAGAAACAGCGACCUGAAGACACUGAGUCAAGAGAGACAGGCUCAGAUGGAACAACAGAUGAAGACUCUAUCAGAGCAGCUCACAGCUGCCCUAGCAGAGCGGGAUGCCGCGCUGUUGGACGAGAAGACUAGCUGUCAGAGCUCCUCGGAGGAGAUAGUGAAGCUGCAGGACAGAGUGGCGUCUCUCAGCGAGGACAGAGAUCAGCUGCAGGAGACUCUGGAGGCUCUCAGACAGGAGAAGCAGCAGCUCAGGGAGGAGAUGGAAGAAAGGAUGGAGAUGAUGCAGGUUGAGUUGCAGCAGCAGCAGUUCAGCUCUGAGCCUCGUUCACUAAGAGAAGAACAGGAUGCUCAACAACUCCUGCAGAUCCAACAGCUGGAGGAAAAUUUGGAGAAAUCACAGCAGGAGAUGAACCAGCUGAAGUCUGACCUCCAGGAAAAUGUUGAGCAGAUGAUUGAGACCCAGGAGGAGCUGAGGGUCUCUCAGGAGAAGAUCAGAGGCCUGCAGGAUGAGAUCGAUGUGAUGAGGAGGGAGAAGUCCGAGCUGGAGAGCAACCAGAGCAACGGGAUUGAUAAGGAGACAAUACUUAAGAUUCAGGAGCUCCGAAACCAGAUCCAGACUGUAGCUGAGCAGCUGCAGAAUGUAGAAUCAGAGAGAGACGCACUGCUGCAGGAGAGGACGGCUGAGUCUCAGACCCACAGUGAAGACAGAGAUCAGCUUCAGGAUAGAGUGGCGUCUCUGAGCGAGGACAGAGAUCAGCUGCAGAAUAGAGUGGCGUCCCUCAGCGAAGACAGAGAUCAGCUGCAGAAUAGAGUGGCGUCUCUCAGUGAAGACCGAGAUCAGCUGCAGGACAGAGUGGCGUCUCUCAGCGAGGACAGAGAUCAGCUGCAGGAGACUCUGGAGGCUCUUAGACAUGGGAAACAGCAGCUCAAGGAGGAGAUGGAGGACAGGAUGGACGCUCUACAGACUGAGGUUGCACAGCUGAACAUGACUGUGCAGACUUUGAUGGAGAAGAAGAGUGAGCUGGAGGAAGAGCUGCAGCAGAACAUGAACACGGCGUCUACCACACAAGAGCUCCUGAAAUCAGUCCAAGAGGAGCUGCAGGAACAAAAGGAAAUGAACUCUAAACUGGAGAAAGAGAGUCAGGAGAAGGAAAGCACUUUAGACAAACAGAUGAAAACACUUACAGAGGAGCUGCAGACUGUUUCAGCAGAGAGAGACAACCAGAUUAAAACUCUGUCAGAGCAGCUCACAGCCACCCUAGCAGAGAGGGACACCAUGCUGUUCGAGAAGGAGACGAGCUGUCUGAGCUCCUCGGAGGAGAUGGAGAAACUGCAGCAGAGAGUGGCAUCUCUGAGCGAAGACAGAGAUCAGCUGCAGGAUAGAGUGGCGUCUCUGAGCCAGGACAGAGAUCAGCUGCAGGAUAGAGUGGCAUCUCUGAGCCAGGACAGAGAUCAGCUGCAGGAUAGAGUGGCGUCUCUGAGCCAGGACAGAGAUCAGGUGCAGGAUAGAGUGGCAUCUCUGAGCCAGGACAGAGAUCAGCUGCAGGAUAGAGUGGCGUCUCUGAGCCAGAACAGAGAUCAGCUGCAGGACAGAGUGGCAUCUCUGAGCCAGGACAGAGAUCAGCUGCAGGACAGAGUGGCAUCUCUGAGCCAGGACAGAGAUCAGCUGCAGGACAGAGUGGCAUCUCUGAGCCAGGAUAGGGAUCAGCUGCAGGACAGAGUGGCAUCUCUGAGCCAGGACAGAGAUCAGCUGCAGGACAGAGUGGCGUCUCUGAGUGAAGACAGAGAUCAGCUGCAGGAUAGAGUGGCGUCUCUGAGCCAAGACAGAGAUCAGCUGCAGGAGACGCUCGAGGCCCUCAGGCAUGAGAAGCAGCAGCUCCUACAGAGCAUGGAGGACAGGAUUGAAGCACUUCUGUCUGAGAUCUCGGCCUUGCAGGGGAAACUGAGCGAGCUGGAGGCUGAACGAGAAGAGAAAGAGGCCCAGCUGCAACAACAAGUGCAGCAGCUUGAGAGAAAGCUCAGAGUGUCUCUGGAAAAACACACUGAAGCUGACAGCUCACAGCAGCUGCUUAAUGAAGCAAACAAAACCAUUUCAGCUCUAAAAGAUCAGCUGAGCAGUUUGGAUCAGAGCAGCAGCAGGCCCAGAGAGUCUGCAGCGUCACGGCUGCAGGAGUCCACCGAUCAACUUCAGGAAUGGUUCAGAAAGUUCCAGCUCCUGAUCGACAUGGGUUCCAACUAUAACUCUGCAGCGCUCAACCUCUCGCCGAGCCGGGACGACUGUCGGGUCGCUCUGCCAAAAUCCGUCAUGGACGCCUACAAAUCCGUCUCUCAGCUGGAACAGCACGCCGAGCAGGCUUUGUUGAAAAUCAUCGAUGAACUAUAUGUGAAAAUCCAGGACUACAGGACUCUGUUUGAAGAGCUGGUGAAGAAAGAUCUAGAUGUUUUUGAGGAGAGACGGCUACAGGACGUGUUGCUGUGCAGAGCUCAGGCUCCCACAUACUCUCUGAAUGACGAGGACUUCAGCGCACUGUGGGAACAGAGACUGACCGAGCUGCUGGACAAGAGGAAGCUCUACCUGCAGAAAAUGGAGUUCGUAUGGGGGAAACUGUUUGCCAACAUGAAGUCAUUCCGCAGCGGGGUAAACACUGAAAUCACAGAGAGGGAGCGCUACUUCGCGCAACUGGAGGCCGCAUUAGGCAAGAAGCCGCGCAACCACAGGGAGCUGGAAGCCAUCCUGAGCCGAGAGCAGGACAAGAAAACUGCAAUGAUUCACAGCAGUAAGACCACUCUGCAGGCCAUCAUUGAUGAACACAGUGGUCUGUUUGCGGAGAUGAAAUUGCUGCAGACUCAGGCAAACUCUCAGCUCAGGGAAGAGAAAAGCAGAAGAUCGACUCUGCUGCUGCCACUGGAGGGCGCGCCGUUGAAAACAGAGCCAACACUCCUAAAAGAGAAUCAGCAGCUUGUUCUUCAGCUCCAGCAAACGAAGGAAAGAGUCCAGGUUCUGUGUGCAGAGAAAGAGCAGCUAGAAGAGGCUCAAAUGAAAACCAACAACAGGCUAUCCAACCAUAUUGAGGCCACACAGCUGCUGCAGACGGAGCUGCAGGACAGUCGAGCACAAGUGGAGGAGAAGGAGAACAUGAUCCAUACUCUGAAGAGCAAACUAAGAGAGUCUGAGAAAAAUGCCUCCCCCAGUGCUGCUGAGAUGGAGAAACUACGAACUAAAUUAUUCAAAAUGGAGGUGGAGCUGACUUCAGCAUCUGAUAAGCACCAGCAAGAGAUCCAGAGGAUGACCUCGGUGCUAAAAGAAAAAGAAGAGUCUCUGAGGAAGCUGAAGGAGACUUUGAGGAAGUCACAGCAGCAGGGAGAAGAGUCUUUCCUGCAGGGUGAAGACCUUCAUGCCAGACUCACUAAUCCCCGAGGAUUUGUGAUCAAGACGAGCAUCCAGCAGGAGAAGACCAAACUGGAGGAAGAGGUCAAACAGCUGAAGAUGAAAAUAACCGAGCUGGAGGGCCUAGUGUCCAGUCAGCAGGCCGAGAUCAGUAAGUGGAAGAGCAGAGCGGUCAAACUGAAGGCCAAGAACAAAGCUGAUGCAGACAAGCCUUCACCUCCCUGCACUCCCACCAAAAGAGGCUUCCCCGUCACCGCCGACUCCUCCAACUUCUACAGCUCACCCAAGAAGUUUGUGGUCACUCCGAGGAAGGUCCUGGACUCUCCCAGGAAGGUCCUGGACUCUCCCAGGAAGCUGCUGGGCUCUCCAAAUGUCUCUCUGCUCGGCUCUCCUAAAAGCAGAUUCUUUGACGUGGGUGUGAGCUCAGAGCUGCUGUCGAAGUCGCGUCCCAAACAGUUCUUUGAUAACUCCAGCCUGGGAACUGUUCCAGAGGUCUCCCAUGUUCCUGAUUCUCCAGCAGCAGAGAGGGAUGCCAGUGUGUCCGCAGACAAAAAAGACGAGUGGUGGCCUCAGUCUCCAAAACAGGAGGAAAUGUGCAAAACCCAGUGAACUGUUCCACAAGUGCAAUACUUUUACACGUAUUUCUAAUGUUUCCAGCUUUUAUUUUUGUUUUAUGCUUUACUUCCAUCCUUUUGUGUCUCAAUGUUGA